AUGGAGCUGAUAUAUUCUAUGAGGCGUAAGCCCUUAAAAUGCGAACCGCCACAUUUCGAAAAUAAUACAGAUCCAGAUGUGGUCAGGCCAAUUUGUACCAUAUCCUCAGCUAACAUUAUUGCCUUUUCGUCUUUGACUGAGCUAUCAGAUGCCGAUGGUGAUACUUGGGGCGGUCAUGUUUACGUUUGCGAUUUGGAUACUCCAUGGGAAAGUCAUAAAGUUGUCAAUACUGUUCAUCCUGUGUCAGUACUUGAAUGGGAUGGUGAAGGAAAACAGUUACUUGUGGCCACAACAGUUGGAGAUGUGUCUGUAUAUGUGCAGAAAGAUUAUCUGCUCAAUGAAUGGACAUGCUUAUAUUCGGCAAGCUUCCCUGGUGAACACAUAAUAAAAUCAGUAUUCUUUCAUAAUGGACGCAGAAUAGUUGCCCUUGAAAAGAAGCCUGAUGUGCCUAUAAGUGAUAGAAUUCAAAUGUUACGUUCAGUACCAACAUUGAAGGGAUUUGGUGGGGCAGCAUGUGAAGGGGCAUGUGUAAUAACAGGAACAGGGCUAGUUGGUGCUUUUACGCCUUCCUCGGACUCCCACCGUGCACUUGUCGCUUCAGAUUGUCUCCGGGCACCCCGAGAUCAUAUAAUAGCUGCUGCUUUCACUCAUAAGAACGGCAGCGUGCUGAUAGCGGCUGCGUGGCGGCGCGGGGGCCGCAGCGGGGUGCGGUGCGCCGCGUGCGCCGUGAGCCGCGCGGGGGGCGCCCGGGCUUCGCCCCUCCAGCUCGCCCUGCAGCCCCUGCCCACCGUCUACCUGCUCGAGGACCACCUCUACUCGCCGCCCGUAUCAUUGACUUGGUGCCUCCGUGAAGACACCGACUCCCUACUUAUCGUUGGCUCAUCGCUCACCCUGUGGAAACUCGCCGAGCGAUCUUACCCCGUGCACAAGUUACUUUGCAAAGGGCCCGUUAAACAGGAAAUAAAGGGGAACACCACACCUGGUGGGGGACAAAAAACAUCCACGGACUGUUAUAAUACAGUGGUGUGGCAGCAGACGGCGGUGUGGCAGGUGGAUGGCAGCGAGGGUGCCACGCACGUGUGCAGCGUGCGCUCGGCCCUGGGCGCGCCGCACGUGGUGCUGGCCACGCCCCGCGCGCUGCAUUUGCUCUCCAGGGACAACCACCACUACGUCUGCUCGCGCGUGGUGGGCAGCUCCGCGGCGGAGACGGGCGCCGCCACGCCGCCCAAGAAGGCCAAGUACGCGCCCGGGGGGGCCACUUGUAAUGGUUUUACCUGCGCGACGGUCUCCUGCGUGGAGAUCUCGCAGCUGGGGGCCGUCGUGGUGGCGGUGGACACCCACUCGCAGCUGCACGUGUACAAACUGCCGCAGCCAUGCGCCGAUAUACCCACACCGCUGUCCGUUCAGCACACCUGCAUGAUGUUGGAAUACGCGAUGGUCUCCGGCUACGACUACCUGGACCUCCUCAUGACCCUGAAGCACAACAUCGUGGAGGCGGUAUACGAGAGGCUAACGGAGAACUUCCAACGACAGCCGCAGUCUUUCCAGCAGUAUUACUACCACAGCUGGUUGAAGCUGAGGAUCUCUUUGUGCAGCCUGGUGGCUGGCGCGAGCGGCAGCGCCGCUUCGCUGUGCGCGCUGCAGCUGGCGCAGGCGGCGUGGGCCGCGUGCGGCGCCGCGCUGCGCACCGACGACAAGCCCGACGCGCCGCUCGCCGCGCUGCUCGACGACCACGACCACGAGAAGAAUCUGCUGGCGCUGGAAGCGAAGGCGGAGAGCCUGAGCGAGGGCGCGGCCGCAGCGUUUCUGGCGCUGCAAGCCCUCCGCAGGCCGCUGCAGCGGGCCCUGGACACGGCGCUCACGGCCCUCGCCGCCGUCGUGGCUACAGCCUCCUCGCCACAGCUGCACCAGCCGCACGGGUACGAGCUGUGGUCCGACGGCGCGGCGCUGUCCGUGCUGCGCAAGCUGGUGGUGUGCGCGCGCGCGUGCGGCCGCGGCGGGGAGGCGCUGAGCCGGCCGCUGGCGCGCCUGGCCGCGGCCCCGCCCACGGCCGCGCCCAAGGCCGACCUGCUGGAGGAGUGCGCGUCGCUGACGGCUCAAAUGCCAGCUCGCGUGUGGGACGCGCUACCGAGAUGCGCCGUUGCCGCCCCCCACGGCAGAACUUGGCCGUACCUCUUGGAGUACGGCGUCGAGCCCGAGCCGCUUCGCUUCGUUCCGGAGCCUCCGCCCUACGCGCAGUGCGACGCCGCGCCCGCGCUGGCCAUGGACUCCAUUCGGUACAUGUACCUGGGCGGGGGGCGCAGGGCGGCGCGCUGGCGGCGCUGCGGGCGCUGCGGGGCGCGCGCGCUGCCCGCCGCCAUGCCGGCGCGCAACGCCGUGCAGCGCGCCUACGACGCCCGCUUCCUGCCCGCCUGCAGGUGCGGCGGAAAGUGGACCCUAUAUUCGAAUCUC